AUCUCAGGGUUUUUGAGAUACACACACUCAUUGAGGUUUUCUCUUCUCCGUGUUCCUCUUCCAAAACCUAACCGCCGUUUUAAACCACCGCCAUUGAUAAACCCUACUGUUUUUGUUCAAUCGAAGGAACCCUAAUUAUCUGGGGCACCGAGGAAGCAACGAUUUGGUACUUUUGGUUGCUUUUAAUCUAAUGGCGAUUGUAAAAGAUUCGGGCUUUAAAGCCCUUGAGAAGCUUAAGUCAACUGAACCACCAGUGUUUCUAGCGCCAAGUUCAAUAUCUGAGGUGGCUCGCGCUGCAUCUCAGCAUAUCUUCGAGAAGUUGAAGCCGUACAACCCUAAAUCUCCAUUUGAUGAGCUCUUGGUUGAUGGGUUUGAUGCGGAGCAGAUUUGGCAGCAAAUUGAUAUGCAGUCUCAACCGCUGUUGUCUAGCUUGCGUCAGGAAGUUAAUAGAUUUGCUAAAAACCCUGAAGAGAUUCGUAAACUUGGGAAUUUGGCCCUCAAGGUUUCUCAUGAAGAUGAUGUGGAUGAGAUGGAUAUGGAUGGUCAUGACUCGGGUGAUGAUGAGCUAGAAGCUAAUGAAAGCGAAGGAGAAGAGAAAGAUGAAGAAGAAGAAGAGGACGGAGAUGAGGAAGAGGACGGAGAUGAAGAAGAUGAGGAGGAAAAGGAUGGAGACAAUGAAGGAAUAGAGGACAAGUUCUUCAAGAUAAAAGAAUUGGAGGAGUUUUUAGAGGAUGGUGAAGCAGAAGAGUAUGGGAUAGACUACAAGAACAACAAGGGAGUAGCAAAGAGAAAGAAACAAAAUUUGCGUGAUGAAGAAGAUGAUGAUGAUGAGGAGGACGACGAUGAAGAAGAAGAUGAUGAGUUUGGUGCUUUUGCUGGUGGUGACGACGAAGAGGCGGAUAAAUUAGGAAAGGCAAAGUAUACUGAUUUCUUUGGCGGCAAAAAGAAGGAGACAAAAGUAAAGUGGAAAGAUUUAAGUGAAGAUGACGAAGCUGAAAGAGAAAACCAAGGUAAUGAAAAGCUCUCUACACAUGAGAAAGAACGAUUAAAGGUUCAAUCCAAGAUUGAACAGAUGGAGAAAACAAACUUAGAUCCUAAACACUGGACAAUGCAGGGAGAGAUAACUGCUGCAAAGAGGCCAAAGAACAGUGCUCUAGAAGUUGAUUUAGAUUUUGAGCACAAUGCCAGGCCUGCUCCUGUAAUCACAGAAGAGGUCACAGCCUCACUUGAAGAUUUGAUCAAGAGCAGAAUCAUUGAGGCUCGUUUUGAUGAUGUUCAACGAGCACCUAGUAUGCCCACUAAAGCAAAAAGAGAAGCCAAGGAAAUGGACGAGAGCAAAAGCAAGAAAGGUCUUGCCGAAGUUUACGAGGACGAAUACGUUCGGACGGCUAAUCCAGCUUUUGCCCCAACAACUUUCUCUGAUGAACUAAAGAAAGAGGCAAGCAUGUUGUUCAAGAAUCUAUGCUUGAAGUUGGAUGCUCUCUCCCACUUCCACUUCACACCUAAACCUGUGAUUGAAGAAAUGUCUAUACAAACGAAUGUCCCGGCCAUAGCAAUGGAAGAGGUUGCGCCCGUGGCAGUCUCGGAUGCAGCAAUGCUUGCCCCGGAGGAAAUCUUUUCCGGGAAAGGUGACAUUAAGGAUGAGUCUGAGCUUACACAGGAAGAGAGAAAGAGAAGGAGAGCUAAGAAGAAGAGAAAGUUUAAGGCUGAAUCUGCAAAAGAACCAGUGAAAAAGGCGCGAGAUGCUACUACCGUUGCAGGCAGCGAAGUACUGUGAAGAAAGGACAGUUACAAAUGCAAAAUGAAGAUGAGGAGAGUUCAGGCAAGAGCAUUGGUAGUUGAUUUGUGAAAAAAUCAAAACACAGACAGCUUGAAGAUUAGAUACAAACAACAGUUAUGAAACUCUUUUAUUGAAAGGAGAUAAUGUUCGUAUGGGUUGAACUCGUCUUUUCAAACAUAUGAAUUUUAUUGUUUCCUAUGCGAUUUUGUUGUAUACUUUGAUAUGAGUGAUUUUAUUUUCUUUUUAUUGAUGGAAAGAACACCUUGGUAAGCUGACCAUUUAAUUGAUCUA